AUGUCGAGACUGUCGCGGGCAGCUGGCGUACUUCGGCGCGUUGCGCUCCCCACGACCGCCGUGGCCGUUGGAGGUGGUGCCCUGCUGUACUACUCGUACCGCCCCCGAGAUAUCCCCGGUUUCGAGGGUCCCGCCGUCCCUCCACCCAUCUGGGGCGCCGAUGGCACCUUCGAGCUCCCCCGCUUUCCCUGUAUCAAGACGCGCGAUGAGCAGCUUGCCGAGCUGAAGAAGAGCACCGCAGCAAACGAGGAAUAUGAUGUCCUCGUCAUCGGAGGCGGCGCAACGGGCGCCGGCGUGGCAUUGGAUGCCGUCACAAGAGGCUUGAAGGUCGCAAUGGUCGAGCGGGACGACUUCAGUAGCGGCACCAGCAGUAAGAGUACAAAACUCGUACAUGGUGGUGUCAGGUAUCUGGAGAAGGCCGUGUGGAACCUCGACUACGAUCAAUACAAGCUGGUUAAGGAGGCCCUUAAGGAGCGCAAGUACUUCCUACAGACUGCACCGCAUCUCAGCAGCUGGCUGCCCAUCAUGCUGCCCCUCGAUAAGUGGUGGAAGGCGCCCUACUACUGGGCUGGUACCAAGUUCUACGAUUUUCUUGCCGGCAGUGAGGGCAUCGAGAGCUCCUACUUCUUAACCAAGAGCAAAGCCAUUGAUGCGUUCCCCAUGCUGAAGAGGACGGACCUGGUAGGGGCGCUGGUUUACUAUGAUGGUGCGCACAACGACUCGAGGAUGAACGUGUCAAUAGCCAUGACCGCUGCCAUCUUCGGCGCCACCACCGUGAACCACGCUGAGGUCACUGGUUUACUUAAGAAUGCGAAUGGGAGACUCUGCGGUGCCCAAAUCAGGGACCGAAUUCCAGAGCGAGACGGCAAGAGCUCCGAUGAGAUCACCGUAAAGGCCAAGUGCAUCAUCAACUGCACAGGCCCCUUCACCGACUCAAUACGGAAACUGGACGAUCAAGAAUGUGAAGAUAUUGUGGCUCCGGCAUCUGGCGUACACGUUAUUCUUCCAGGGUAUUACAGCCCAGGACAGAUGGGGCUGAUUGAUCCAUCGACCUCUGAUGGCCGCGUCAUCUUUUUCCUACCGUGGCAGGGCAACACCAUUGCCGGCACGACCGACGAACCUACCAACAUCUCCCCGAACCCGUUGCCCGAUGAGAAGUCCAUUCAGUGGAUUCUGAAUGAGGUCAGCCACUACCUGUCUCCCGACAUCAACGUCCGCCGGGGUGAUGUUUUGGCUGCAUGGUCUGGUAUCCGCCCUCUUGUUAAGGACCCCAAGGCUAAGAACACGCAAUCGGUUGUGCGGAAUCACUUGAUUCACACUGCUCAGUCUGGACUCAUCACCUGCGCUGGUGGAAAGUGGACAACCUAUCGCCAAAUGGCCGAGGAGUGUGUGGAUGAGGCUGUUAAGGAGUUCAACCUCCCUAUCAAGCCUUUCUUCAACGCACCUCGCGUGAGUGGUACCGAAGCUAUUGACGACGGUGCCAUCCUGGACGGAAGCUGCCAAACGCACAAAGUGCGCUUGGUUGGUGCUCACGGUUUCAGCAAGACGCUUUUCAUCCACUUGAUUCAGCACUUUGGCAUUGAGACUGAUGUGGCCAAGCAUUUAACCGAAAGCUACGGUGAUAGAGCGUGGAGUGUUGCCGCGCUGUGUAAGGCAACCGACCGGCGGUUCCCUGCAAAGGGUGAGCGCAUAUCGACCCUAUACCCUUUCGUGGAUGGCGAGAUACGGUAUGCUGUCCGUCAUGAGUAUGCGCAGACUGCCGUAGAUGUGUUAGCACGCCGCACACGACUGGCUUUCCUCAACGCUCAGGCUUCCCUUGAGGCUUUGCCCAAGAUCAUCGACAUUAUGGCCGAUGAGCUGAAGUGGGAUAGCCGGCGGCAGGAGACGGAGUGGAAGGACACCGUCUCCUUCCUCCAGUCCAUGGGUCUGCCUGAGCCCAUGCUCACCACCACGAGGAAGCAAGUCGAGAAGGGCAAACUGGACUUCUCUAGUUCGUUGGAGUACAAGAUGUAUUCAAGACAUGACAAGCCCGCCGACGAGUAA